GAGCACAGUAAGGCUAUGUUCGGAAACAUCACCCGAGUGCCAUGUAUCAUUUUAUCCUUGUUGUUCACCGAAUGUUAAACAAGAAUAAGAUGAUACACGAGGGCACUCGGGUGAUGUUUCCGAGAGCAGCCUGAGCGAUUGUAAUUGCGUACUGAAUGCACGCAAUAGCUUGUGUGGAACGUGUUCGGUUAGGUUAGUCAUUAAGUGGAAUUAAUAAUUAUUUUAUGUAAUUGUAAAAAUAAGAUCGUAUGAUCUUGCCUUACAUGUGAAAUAUGAAAAUAAGGGGUCCUUAUAAAAAGUAUAUUGAGAAUGGAAUUCCUAAAUCAACUUAUUUCUCACGUCUUAAAAAAGGUAGACAAUUACUUGUUGAUGAAGUUCAAAACGCAGAUGAAAUACAAUCUGGAAGUAGUUAUCAAGGUUCUAGUAAUAUGAAUGUUAUCGGUGAUGAAAUUAUUGGUGAACAACAUGUUUAUGAAACAGGUCGGAGUGCAAUGAGCGAAUGUGCUGAAGAUAAUGAUAAUACUGGUUCAGACAGAGAGGAAAAUAAUGAAAAUCUAUCAGAGGAAAAUAAUUAGUCAGAAAACAAUAAAGAAAAUGAAAAUCCUCCAGAACACGACAACAACGAAUAUGGUUUUGAUGAUGAAAUAACAUAUGAUAACCAUCAAGAACGAGGUGCUCCACUAUACGAAUCUUGCAGCUAACAUUAAAAGAAAGUGAAUUGCUCAUUAUGAGUUUUAUAAUUCGUCACAACAUCACUGAUGUCGGAUUAGAAGAUCUUUUAUUUCUCAUUAACUGUCAUCUUCCUACGAUAGUGCACAAAUCGAAAUAUCUCUUUUUAAACAAAUUUCCAAAAACUGCUAACAUUGUAACACAUUUCUACUGCAUUAAUUGUUUCACUUUAUUCGAUUUUGUUGGGAAAAACAUAAAUACAAAAUGUCCCGAUUGCCGUAAAAAGUACAACCAGAAAGUAUUGCAACACGAUGGAAAUUUUUUUAUACAACUUCCACUUAAAGAACAAUUAAGUAAUGUAGUUAGUAGUUAUUAUAAUAACUUUCAGAGAACGAAUGACACUAAUUACAUAUCAGAUAUUUAUAGUGGAAGUGUGUACAAAUCAUUACAGCGUAAAAAUAAAAUUUCCGAUCUCGAUAUUACACUUCAAUGGAAUACGGAUGGGGUACAAGUGUUUAAAUCUUCUAAAGUAUCUAUGUGGCCUAUUCAAGUUGCAAUUAAUGAGUUACCGUACCGUGACAGACGAAACUCUAUUAUUUUAUGUGGAUUAUGGUACGGAACGGUGAAACCAAACACGCAGUUGUUCCUAAAGCCAUUUGUAAACGAUUUAAGAGAUUUACACUAUAACGGUAUUACUUUUACUCCAUCUGGACAAAUAGAUCGUAUAACAAUAAAAGUGCACACUCUUCUUUCCCCAAUCGAUUCUGUUGCUAGACCAGUCGUUCAGUAUAUUUCCCAAUAUAAUGGGAAAUUUGGAUGUAGCUUGUGUUUUAAUAAAGGAGAGAGAAUGCGAGUUGGGAAAGGCCAUGCACGUGUCUUUUGCGGCGGAAUAGGAAUUAAGAGAUCGAAAAAAAAACAUGAAAAACAUGUAGAAAAACCAAUUACUGAAAAACGGCGAGUGUUUGGAGUUAAAGGUUUUUCACUAAAAAUGUUUAUACCUUUGUUCAAUAUUAUAUAUUCCUUUCCGCCCGAAUAUAUGCACUGUGUAUUGCUAGGUGUUUGCAAAACAUUUGCCACUAUGUGGUUUGAUUCAAAGAAUUUUCAGAAACCGUGGUACAUAGGAACAAGAGUUAAUUUGUAUGAUCAAAAAUUGAAGAAAAUUAUGACUUGUCACGAAAUUUCUAGAACUACUGACUCUAUUGAAAACUUCGGAUUGUGGAAAGCAUCUCAGUGGAAACAUCACUUACUUUAUUACUCGCUUGUAUGUUUGAAAGAUAUAUUACCUUUACGUUAUUACAAACACUGGCUGCUUUUAGUUUUUAGUAUUUAUACUAUCCUAAAGGGCAGAUUUAGUAUUCAGGAAUUCAGGUCUGCUAAACGAGCUUUGCAACAAUUUGUUGAAGAUACUGAAACUCUAUACGGAAAGGAGUAUAUGAAAUACAACAUUCAUCUUCUCCUUCAUAUCUCAGAUAGUGUAAAACAGUUUGGUGCUUUAUGGGCUUGGUCGGCGUUUCCGUUUGAGCAUUACAAUAGUAUUUUAACUAAAAUACUUCACAAUUCUCAGAGCGUUCCUCAACAAAUUUGUAAAUCUUAUUUAAGAUUGCAAAACAUUAAGAACAGUACUAUUUUUCAAAAUUGCAGUGUAUCAGGAAAAUCACUGUUUAAUAAAAUGUUUGGGGACUCAAAUAUUGAUAAGUAUCUUCAUUUUGGGCUUUUAAAAAUUUGUGGAUGUGCUCAACAAGUGGAAUUAUCUGUUAUAGAGCAACAUUUAAUAACAGAAGUUUUAGGAGAAGAAAUUAUGACUAAUGCGUGCAGUUACGAAAAUUAAAAAAAUGCAGAAAAAGAAUUUUACAACGCAGCCAAACGCAAAUGCAACAAUGCAGUUCGUCGUGUAGUGAAAACUAUCCCAGCUCCCUAGAUUCUGCCAAAGAAUGUGUACUUUACGGAUGUUUUUUUUUAUGACUAUACCAAUAACCGUUACUUGCAGAUUUUAUAACAUUGUUAAAUUGAAGUUAUAAAGAGAUUAUUUUACAUAUUUUAGAAUCUAGAUUUUUGUAGAUGAGAUGGCAAAAACGUAAAAGAUUAUUUUGUUUUAAAAUAUAAAACAGUUGCAAAAAUGCAGUUCGUCGUGUGAAAACUAUCCCAGUUUUCUAGAUUUUGCCAAAGAAUAUGUACUUUACGGAUAUUUUUAUUUUAUAAAACUAUAUACCAAAAAUCGAUAUUUGCAGAUAUUAUAACAUUGUUAAAUUGAAAUUAUAAAGAGAUUAUUUUUUAUGUUAUAGAAUUGAGAUUUUUGUAGAUGAGGGCAAAAAAGUAAAAGAUUGUUUUGUUCUAAAAUGUAAAACAGUUCUAUGUUAUAAAAAUACAAUAUA